CCCGCCCCGUCGCCGUUGUCCGUCCUCCAAGCUGCGCCGGGCCGAGCUCCCGGCGGCCGACCCCGACCCCAACCUGCGUCCCCGCCGCGCCACGACCCCCCACCACCGAGCUUCGGGCCGCGUCAGCGCCAAAUGCAGCGACUGCCGUGCCCGCUCGCCGGCUAGCACCACGACAACGCCACCGACCACGCCUGCGAGCUCUGCGUGCUCUUCUCAACUUCUCACGGUGAUUUAUGCGAUGUAUGAAGAGAAUCGGGUUGUUGCUGCUGACUUUGGUGGUUUGAGAGUCGAUUUCAGGGGCAGGAAGAGGAUUCGGAGGCAUAGAGAUUAGUUACCGCACACCACCUGUUCGAUGAAAUGCCCGCAGCAUGACAGCACGCUGCAGCGACGUCUUCUUCUCCUUUCUCCGCGGGCGCUCGCCAGUCCACGCUGCCACCCAUCAAUGUUGACAAGUCACCGUCUAAAAGGUUGUCCCAGAAGAUGACUGCAAUGAAGGCUGCCAAUAAAGAGCUGAAAGGGAUGAUGAAGACUGUCAGGAUUGAAGAUAUAGAUAGCAUGCAAGACGAGAUGAUGGAUCUUAUGGAUGUGAGCAAUGAAAUACAAGAAACUCUUGGUAGAAGCUACAGUGUCCCAGAUGACAUUGAUGAGGAGGAACUUAUUUGUAGUUGGCCAUUCUUAGAUGACUCUAACACUAGAGCUUGAUGCUUUGGAAGCUGAUGGACUUUAAAUCAAAUUCAGUCCCAUCAUACCUCUAACGAAACAAGGAGACAUAUCUUGGUUUCGAGCUUAACUUACCUGCUGCACAAGGUGGUCAUGCAGCAGUCAUGGCAAAUAGUCAGCAGGAGGAUGAACUAGGACUGCCUGCAGUGCCGCACACAUCAAUUCAUAUCUGAAACUAACAAAAAAAAACUAUCGUGUAGGUUUGAUCUUGAUGUACAUGGUUGGCGCUUUGUUUGUGCAUGGAAAAAUUCAUUGUAUCUUUCCUCAUAUACCACUGCAAGUCGUUGAACAAUGGGACAAGGAUUACAUACUCCUGGAUACAAUGCUCCAUCACAAGGACCAGAACUUCAUACUCCUUCCGUACAAUCCUCUGUAUGAAGGUCAACGUGACAUCCUGUCCAACCAAACUUAUAAUCUUGACCAACUUGCUUUCGCAUCAGACAGAAUUAAAGAUGCUCAACACACUAUGACUGCAAUGAAGGCUGCCAAUAAAGAGCUGAAAGGGAUGAUGAAGACUGUCAGGAUUGAAGAUAUAGAUAGCAUGCAAGACGAGAUGAUGGAUCUUAUGGAUGUGAGCAAUGAAAUACAAGAAACUCUUGGUAGAAGCUACAAUGUCCCAGAUGACAUCGAUGAGGAGGAACUUAUGGGCGAGCUUGAUGCUUUGGAAGCCGAUAUGGACUUUGAGUCGAAUUCAGUCCCAUCGUAUCUCCAACCAGACAAGGAGACUGAUCUUGAUUCUGAGCUUAACCUACCUGCUGCACCAAGUGGUCAUGCAGCAGUCCUAGCAAACCGGCAGCAGGAGGAUGAACUGGGACUGCCUACCGUGCCGCACGCAUCUAUUCGUACCUGAAAGUAACAAAAAAGCUAUGGUGUAGGUUUUGAUCUCGUUGUAAAUGGUCGGCACUUUGUUUAUGCAUGGACAGAUUCAUUGUAUCUUGCCUCAUAUACCACUGCAAUCGUUGAACGAUGGAAUGUCUCUUUCCCUUUGUGUUGGAACAAUAGUGUGUGAUAAAGGGAGUGUUCUCUAUAUGGUUGUACAUCCUGUUGUUAGUAUGUCUCUGCUGAGUUGAAUUGGUAUCUGCUUUUCUGAUAAUGAAAUUAUGGGACGUUGCUAGCUCU